GAAAUAUAUGCUCUAUAUAUUUGUGUUUAUUGUGCAGACUGCUUAUGCUGGUCUUAUUAUGAUAUCCAAGGCAGCCCUAGGUACUGGCUUGAGUUGUUUUGUCCUGGUCUUUUACAGGCAUGUGAUUGCUACUGUGUUUCUGGGUCCUCUUGCAUAUUUCUUAGAAAGGAAGAGUCGGCCAUCCAUCACUUUUUACAGCUUCCGCAUGAUUUUCUUGCUUGCUCUAUGUGGGACAGCUAUCCAACAAAAUCUCUUCUUUGAAGGACUGAAAUACACAUCUCCAACGUUUGGAUCUGCGUUGGGGAACGCUAUUCCAGCAAUGACCUUUGUCAUGGCUGUUUUGUUCAGAUUGGAGGAAGUUAAGAUUAAAACUCGGAAAGGGCAAGCAAAGGUGUUGGGUACCUUGAUCUGCACAAUUGGAGCAUUGGUUAUGACUGUGUACAAGGGUUCUGUUAUACCCAAGCUCUGGUCUCCUCCUAUUCAUAUAAAACACAAUCAUAAUAAGAUUCACGAGGAUUGGACCAAAGGAUCUAUUCUAAUGAUGACCAGCUAUUUUGGAGUGUGCAUAUGGCUUAUUCUUCAGGCUAAAAUUGUGAAGUAUUAUCCUGCUCCAAUGUCACUGAUAGCGUUGAUGUGUUUUGUUGGCUCACUGCAAUCAGCUGUGGCAGGAUUCAUUUUUGAAAGAAAUCUUGAUGCAUGGGCUUUAGGAUGGAACCUUCAACUAUUGACUGUUGUCUAUUGUGGAAUAGCUAUUUCAGUAGUUGCAAACUGCAUGCAGAUGUGGUACAUCAGCAAAAAAGGGCCAGUUUUUGCAGCUAUGUUUUCUCCUGUAGGGUUGGUAAUAGUUGCCAUUUUGUCACCUGCUGUUCUAGAUGAAACACUUCAUUUGGGAAGUAUAGGGGGAGGAAUAUUGGUUGUUAUAGGCCUUUAUACAGUGCUAUGGGGGAAAAGCAGGGAUAUGAAGGAUAUUAGUAAUCUGCUGCCUGUGGAAAAUCGACCAGAAGCUAUCUCAAAUGAGGUGCAGCAAGGAUCCAUGCAAUCAAAGGAAAUUUCAAAUAGCAAGGGAAAUGCAGGAAGAAUAUAAUAUCACAUGAAUGAUGAUUUGGUUGACAACAGUAGAAGAGGACAGGCACACAAAAAUAAAUGAUGCCCUUGCUUUGUUAUUCUUCUUCUUUUGACUAAAUUUUAAUCUUUCCUUUAUUUCAUAAAGUCAAACCAUCAUGAUACAUUGGCUCAGGCAAUCUAUA